GAAUAGAUUCAAAUUUAUAAAGCAAAGCCUGUACAAGACGAUUUACUUGAGGCAAUGACUGCUAUUAGAGCAGCUCUCGAACAGAGAUUUUAAAUUUAUGAACAAAACCACGUAAUGACUGCUAAAUUAAAUUUUCACUUAUUGGUAGCUUCAGUUUUUAUUGGAUGCAUACGCAGUGUGUUAUCUAGUGAUAUAGAAAAUAAUUUACACCACAAAGACCAAACUUUAUCCAGAAAAAGACGAUAUUUGGUUUUUCCUGAAGGCAGUUCUUUUCAAGUAAUUUUUGACUUAACAUACCCAUCAGUGGCAAUUGAAGGAAAUGUUUUUGUAUUUGGACACACGGCUGGAUUGGCUUGGGAACUGCCUUCAACCCCAAUAUUUCUUAAUGAAAAACACUUAGCGCAGAUCAAGAAAGAGGAAGAUGAAAAACACUCAAGUACAAAACCUAAGCAGAAAUAUACGUCUGAAGUGGAGCAUGAAUGGGAACCUUAUCAAGAAUUGCCCGAGUAUUCGGAUACAUUAGCUCACGAUUCUCAUUCCUCAUUCGAGUAUGGCUCAAAUGUCUUUCAAGAUUCCUAUUCUGACUACCCCAAUUUACAUCAUACAAUUUACACUAACAGCCAUCCGAAUGCUGAUUAUCAAAACGCACGGAAGGACAACCCGACCAGAUUCUGGAACCGUCACAAUGCAGGAAGAAGUUUUUUUAAACCAGCCGAGGAAACUUCCUUUGAUAAAGUUAACCGAACAAUGGCCCAUCACAUUCAGCGCCGAAGUCGGCGGGAAUUGUACCGUAAAGUGGAAAAACUGCUGUCCGCGUUGAGCAAAGACGGUGAAACCUGCAUAUUGAAAGCGAUUUGCCAAGUCAGCAAACUAACGUCGAGAAAGGGUUCGAUGUGGGAAGAAAUAAUUAAAGUUAUUUUUCGACCGAAAAACGAUAACUAUGUUGAUGAGGAUCACUAUGAUAAAGCGUUCAAUUUAGAAGAGGAUUGCGAAAAAUUGUAUCCAAAUUGUGAAGGGCAUGUAUUGAGCGACUUGUUCAGGAAUAAAAUUAAAAAUAAAUACACAUGAAUUGUGAUAGAAAAUUUAAUGUUAAUAACCGGUCUUCUUAAUUUAGGAUAAUUAUCAAGCAUUUUGAAAAGUGUUUCCUAUGUUGUAACCGAAUAAUUUACCCAACAAACACUGUGCACUUAAUAUGGAAAAGUAUAAAUUGAAAACUAAUUUAAUUGGUUAUAAAUUAAGCUCUACGUAUUUCUUUCGUAGAAAGUUGCAUCUUUCUUCAAAUAAUUUUUGUUUGUUUCUGUAAAAUAUUUGAAAAAGGUUUGUUGACCGGUUGCGCAGUCAUACAUGCGUUUCAUGACUGCAUUUUUUACACAUUUGAGAAGUUGUUUUACAUACUGACUGGACUGUUGAUGUUAAUAAAAUAUUGCUAAGUUAUGCAUUUUCCUUAAUGUAAUGUCUUGUUAUGUAAAUGAGCUGAGCUAUUGAGUUUUUCAAGCACAGCGGCUGAAAUUUUUUAUCAUCAUUUAUUAUCCCA